AAAUUGUGAUUAAAAAGCCAGAACAAUUUAUUGAGCUUGCUAGUCCUUUUCUGAACUUCAGACUUUCUGCUAUACCUAUACCAAGAGAUACCCAUUUUCCACCAUCCACUUUUAAAAAGGGAUCUCUUCCAGCAUCCAAUCUUCCUUCUGUCACUGAAAGUGAUGAAAGCAUUAUUGAUGUUUAUGGAGAUAUGAAUCCCAUGAGUACAGAAGAAAACUCCCAGGAAUCUACUUUAGUUCCACAACACACUGUUGAGGGAUCCACUAAAGGUGAAUCUACAGAAAAAAUAAGUAGUGAAGUUGCUCAGGUACCAGAAUCAACAGACCCUGCUUUCAGCAACCAAUUAGUAAAUAAAUCUGUUGAAGAAAUUGAACUUGAAAAGAACAUUAUUUCCAAGGAAAUAUGGAUGGACUAUGAAGAUUUCUGUAUUUGCUUUCAGAAUUUAUAUGUUUUCCACAAACCAAAUACCUAUGCCUAUAACUAUCAGAAGUCAGAUUUUAGGAUGGUGGAUGAUCGAGUCUUGUAUUACCUGUGUGUGGACAGCUUGAAACCUACUGAUAUUCUAGUUAGCUUUUCUGCAUUAGUACAUUGGGGAGACACUGGAGCACUUUUACAGAAAGAAAGCCAAGUUAUUCCCAAGGGGUUACUUAUGGUUGAAAGUUUCUCAUGGAAACAUUUAUCUCCAGGGCAGUUAAUCCUGAAGAUUCACACAUAUGCUACUAAGGCUGCUGUAAUAAGUCUUCCUGCUGGCCGCCAUGUGUUACUUUUUACUGCAAGUUCUCCCAUAGGACACAAUGUCCAUCUGUGUAGUAUGGUGCCAUGUGUAUUUGGUGAAGAGGAUAUUGUUCUGCCAAAUCUUGACAAGGAGAGCUACCGGUUUAUGGAACAAGCAGCAGCUAUCAUGAAAGCUAUUGGAAAUGUAUUAAUUAAUUUUGGGAAUGCAGAAAAUCUUCCCAAAGCCAUGAAAGUCCUGGAAUUAACACAUUGCCCCCCUGGCCUUUGUGACACAGGAAUCGCUAGAGAACAUUUUAAGGCUUUCAAUAAUGCUUUUUGGCAUUUGAUGAAACAAAUAUUAGGGAAUAUUGCUCCCAACUAUGAAUUUGCUUACAGAAGUUUUACACUGGAUUUUAAACUCAGUGAUGUUUCUGUUGAAGACACUGAAUCGUCAGAUGCAACAGAGGUAAGUGUCCCUCUUUGGCAGAAUAGAGAGUCUACCCCUGAAGAAGAGGAAGCUGCAGUUAAACUUCAGGCUCUGUGGAGGGGAACCUAUGUCAGGCUACUGAUGAAUGGCAGAAAACCAGGCACAAAGAUGAAUGCUAAAGUCAAAGAAACACUUCAAAAGUUGUGGGCUCUAAUUGAGCCAAAUUUUGAACAAUGUUCUUUGCUGUUUUUGAGAGAUGUAUUUAAAAGUAAAUGUAAGUCAGUUGAAAAAUAUCGUUGCUAUGAAGAUGAAUGGACUAAGACAUCUUUUGCUGAUUAUACUGUAACUUAUGGGGAUCAACAAUCAAAUGUUUGGUUUGUAGUCUUCAGGGAAGUAUUUUACGUUCCAGAAGACAUGAUUAUUGUACCAAAAAUAUAUUCAACCAUACCAGCCUGUGUAUUGCAUGUUGUUGACAAUGACACAUUGCAGGAAAUUCCUCGGGUCUUUCUCAGAGUUGCACCAUAUCUUUAUACAAAGAACAAGAAAGGAUAUACUUUCAUGGCUGAAAUUCAGACUGGUGAAUCACCUGUGAUGGCUGGGAAAGUGAGGCUUCGGCUCUUAAGUUCUUAUACUCCCCUUCCAUUUCUCUCUCGUGAAGCUGUAAACAACUUGUAUGCUGUUAAAGAAGUUAAAGACUAUUAUCUACCAAAUGAUAAGCAUAUUAUAUUCAGAUAUUCAGUAAAAGUUACAAUUCCACUUAUUGCUACUGUGCAGGUACAGACUUCUAAAUCAGAUGCUAUAAUUAAACUACAAGUUCUGGAUUCUGAGGAAGAGAUAGCGAGCUCUACUGGGAAGGGUCAUGUUAUCAUUCCUGCAUUUCACUUCAUAUCUGCUGAAAGGCCUUUAAGUAGUCUGUCAACAGCAAGUAAAGGUGGUGUAAUUCAAAACAUACCCAAAAAAGAAGCUGAAGUUGUAGCCCCUAGGAAAAAAGGUACAGUAGCAGCUCAGAAGAAUGUUAAGUCUUCAGCUAAGGCAUCACAGGAAGGUACAGUUUCAGCAGAAGAAGAAAUUCUUAUUCUUCCUACCAUUGAUGAAAAUUUGCUUCAACAGCCCCACAAAUAUAUUAUACAAGCUUCAGUGUUAUAUAAUAGUUGGCCACUUACUGAAAGUCAAGUGAUAUUUGUUCAGGCACUGAAAGAAUUAGAAAAAAAUGAAAUCAAAGCUCGUCCUGUUGAGAAACAUGAAGAGAAUAUAUCUGUCUUAAGUCCAGACAUUCACAGCAAUUUGGAAGGUCAAAAAUCUGCAGGUUCUUCCAAAACCACUAGAAAAACAAAGGAAAAAACAACUGAUAAAGCAGAAAAAGCACCUAAAGAGAAACCCACAUCUGCUAUUAGACCAGAAUCACAGCAGUCUGAUCCCAACAAACCCUUUUGGAUUUUGCGCCUCGUUGUUGAGCAAAAUGAGAUGGAUGCAGUGGAUUUGAGGAAAGAUACUGAGAGAGCAGAUGAGAUCAAAGCUAUGAAGCAAGCUUGGGAGGCUGCAGAGCCAGGGAGAGCUAUCAAGGCUGCUCAAGAACGCAUGCGUUAUAUUAACGAGUGCAUUAAAAAAAGCAUGAUGGAAGCUGAGGCUGAGAGUGCCAGCCCUCCUGCAGGUUCAGGGGAAACAGAAAAUGUUUCUCCUGUUUCUGAAGUAAUGGUAUCCUCUCCAGUCAUGCCCGAAGCAGGCUUAGCCAUUCAGCGGAAGGAAUGGGCACCUCUAGACCUCACCCUCUAUGUUAGAAAAACACUGCCUCUGCCUGUCAUGAAGAAUGAUUCCAUUAUCCAACAGCAAGAGAUACAUAAAGCAGAGGAAAUAAAUACUUUUAGACAUUUUCGAGAACUGGUUCUGGAACACAGGCAGCAAGAACGCAUGGCUAGGUAUCGGUUGAAGCAAAAUGUACUUGAAAUGUAUGAAGAUUUACAAGCAUCCUUAGAUGAAGCACGAAGCAGGAUCCUCAGUAUCCGAGAAACAUAUAGAACCAAACUACUGGAGGCUGAACUUGUAAGACUAGAAGCACUAGCAGCUGAAGAAGCUGCCCUUCGAGCAGAGCAAGAGAAGAAAACCCCAGAUUUGCAGAAAAAAAAGGGAGGAAAAAGUGUAGGAAAGAAAAAAUAAAAUAUUUUCUGACAUAUUUUCGUAACUUCACUGAUGAGAAAAGAAAAUACUGUUUACUAUACUUAUAGUUUAUGUAUGUAGAACAGAGUUUUUUAAGUGCCGUUUUUUAAAGUAUUAUUUUGCUCUCCAUUAAGUAUUGCAUCAGCCUUUUUAAAUGAUGACACUGAUUUAAAAAUUGUAUAACUUUACAUUGAAUUUUGCAUUAUGCUUAUAUGUUAAGAAUUUUGCAUUAUGCUUUAUAUGUUGCA